AUGAGAACCACAGACACAAUGUCCACAGACGUGAGAGAGGUGCUUCUGGAGGUUUACGUCAAUGACGCCUUCUACUUCGGUGACACCUACUGGGCAUCAGAUGAUAAAGAUGUGCAGCUGGAGUUUGAGAUCACCGAUGACAUCUACGACCUUAUCAGCGGCAGUGCAUCUCGAGAGUUAGAUGUGCAGCUGGAGGUUGUGACAGUGGAUCAUGUCUCAGGCAGAUACUGCAGUCCAGGAGAGAUGCGUGUGCAGCUGGAGGUUAAUAUGAGAGUAGAAUAUGCUACAGUGAGGAAUACGAAAAAAACCUUCCUCCAGAACGACAGAUCGAACUCAGCAUGGCCUGAGAUGGAUCUGAAUGUUCGUGAACCAAAACCUAUUGAGGAUUUGGUUGCUCCUCCUAAAUGGGAUCUGGUUGAUGCAGUGGAACUGUACACCCCGAGUCCUAGCGUUCCUGAGCCGGACUCUGAGGAGGAUCUGGAUGAUCCUCUUGAACGUGAAUGGGACAAGGACUCGAUGGAAUUAUACGCCCCGGGUUCAAGUGUCCCUGAGCCAGACGCUGAAGAGGAUCUGGUUGAUUCAGUGGAAUUGUACCUCCCGGGUCCAAGCGUUCUCAAGCCACGACCUGAAUGGGAUCUGGCUACUCCAGUGGAUUUGGGUGCACCAAGUCCAAGCGUUCUUGAGCCAGAGUCUACAGUGUUAUCUGAACUUGCAAGUUUGGAAAACUACGUCCCUUUAAACAUGCUCCAACUAGAGGAUCGUUUGAAGCAGUGUACACUGCUCAAACAAAGACAUGUCACCAAUGUCUGGCCCAGGGUCUUCAUCGGAGACGAAGAGGCUGCAACAGACCGAGAUAUGCUGCAGGAGAUGUGCAUCACUCACAUUCUGAACGCUGCAGCGCCCAAAAAGGACUUGAACUACUUCUUGGGAAAAUCUUAUGUUGAAGAUCUAGAAGGAACAGUCAAUACAGGGUCCAGAUAUUACAGAGGCUUGCACAUCAAUUAUUACAGCUUGCCUACAACGGACAGACACUGUUCUGACAUCAGCAAGUGCUUCAUGCCAGCUGCAAAAUUCAUUGACAAGGCCGUGAAUAAGCCAGGAAGUAAGGUGUUGAUUUGCUGCAAGCAGGGUGUCGACCACUCUGCGACUCUGUUUCUGGCAUAUCUGAUGAUCUGCCAUGACAUGAUGGUGGAGGAUGCCAUUGAUGACGUCAUAAAGUCGAGACGCAUCCAGCCCUCCAGAGACUUCCUGAAGGAGCUGAUGCUCCUCAAUGCUGACCUUGUGAACAAGCGAAAACUAAAGCUAGAGGACAUAAAAAAAGGCAAAAAGAGGAGAAAAUGGCAGCUAAAAAAGAAGUGCGUUCCCAACAUGUGGCGUUUCGAGAUCGAGAUAUAUUUAAUCUGUACAGACAGUGUGUAUCAGAUAACAUUACAGUUCAAACUGACAUUACCAGAUACGGAUUACUUAUCUGUCAGUAUGAGAACCACAGACACAAUGUCCACAGACGUGAGAGAGGUGCUUCUGGAGGUUUACGUCAAUGACGCCUUCUACUUCGGUGACACCUACUGGGCAUCAGAUGAUAAAGAUGUGCAGCUGGAGUUUGAGAUCACCGAUGACAUCUACGACCUUAUCAGCAGCAGUGCAUCUCGAGAGUUAGAUGUGCAGCUGGAGGUUGUGACAGUGGAUCAUGUCUCAGGCAGAUACUGCAGUCCAGGAGAGAUGCGUGUGCAGCUGGAGGUUAACUCUAGUGACAACAUCUCAGUCUGUGAAGUGAAAGAUUUGCAGCUGGAGAUGAACAGGAACGACAGCAUCUCAGAGCUGAAGAGUCCUACACUGGUCUCUGAAGAUCUGAGCGACCCAGCAGGACCUUCAGUGGAAGAGGCCAAUGAUCAGGGUGGCCUGGAUGCUGAGAACAGUCCAACAGGACUCACUGUCUGGGAGAUAACCAGGAAAAUGGGGGCAAUCUUCCAGCAGAUUUGUGCAGUUUUCCAGGCAAAAAUGCCAGAAACUGUUGGGCAACCUGAAUUGGAUCUUCCCGAUCCAAAGGAAUCGUUUGUUCCAGAUCCAAGUGCUCUCAAGCCAGAACCUGAAAUGGAUCUGUUAGAUACCGAGCAAUCGUGUAUCCCUGAACCUGAAGUGGAUCUCGUGGUUCCUUCUGAACCUAAACUGGAUCUGGUUGAUCCAGAGGAAGCAUGUGCCAGCCCAAAAGAAACUACCAAAGCCAUGAAGAAUAAGAAAGUUCUUGGCUUCGUUGUAACAAAGAGAGUAGAAUAUGCUACAGUGAGGAAUACGAAAAAAACCUUCCUCCAGAACAACAGAUCGAACUCAACAUGGCCUGAGAUGGAUCUGAAUGUUCGUGAACCAAAACCUAUUGAGGAUUUGGUUGCUCCUCCUAAAUGGGAUCUGGUUGAUGCAGUGGAACUGUACACCCCGAGUCCUAGCGUUCCUGAGCCGGACUCUGAGGAGGAUCUGGAUGAUCCUCUUGAACGUGAAUGGGAUAAGGACUCGAUGGAAUUAUACGCCCCGGGUUCAAGUGUCCCUGAGCCAGACGCUGAAGAGGAUCUGGUUGAUUCAGUGGAAUUGUACCUCCCGGGUCCAAGCGUUCUCAAGCCACGACCUGAAUGGGAUCUGGCUACUCCAGUGGAUUUGGGUGCACCAAGUCCAAGCGUUCUUGAGCCAGAGUCUACAGUGUUAUCUGAACUUGCAAGUUUGGAAAACUACGUCCCUUUAAACAUGCUCCAACUAGAGGAUCGUUUGAAGCAGUGUACACUGCUCAAACAAAGACAUGUCACCAAUGUCUGGCCCAGGGUCUUCAUCGGAGAUGAAGAGGCUGCAACAGACCGAGAUAUGCUGCAGGAGAUGUGCAUCACUCACAUUCUGAACGCUGCAGCGCCCAAAAAGGACUUGAACUACUUCUUGGGAAAAUCUUAUGUUGAAGAUCUAGAAGGAACAGUCAAUACAGGGUCCAGAUAUUACAGAGGCUUGCACAUCAAUUAUUACAGCUUGCCUACAACGGACAGACACUGUUCUGACAUCAGCAAGUGCUUCAUGCCAGCUGCAAAAUUCAUUGACAAGGCCGUGAAUAAGCCAGGAAGUAAGGUGUUGAUUUGCUGCAAGCAGGGUGUCGACCACUCUGCGACUCUGUUUCUGGCAUAUCUGAUGAUCUGCCAUGACAUGAUGGUGGAGGAUGCCAUUGAUGACGUCAUAAAGUCGAGACGCAUCCAGCCCUCCAGAGACUUCCUGAAGGAGCUGAUGCUCCUCAAUGCUGACCUUGUGAACAAGCGAAAACUAAGGCUAGAGGACAUAAAAAAAGGCAAAAAAAGGAGAAAAUGGCAGUUAAAAAAGAAGUGUAGAGAUAUACUAAAAGAUAUAAAAGAAAAUGUGCACAUAUAGAAAUGUCAAUAAAAUUUAUGGAUAAUGUCCUGAUAAUGAGCUGCUUUGUUUUGUAAUGUAUUUGUUUUUUACAGUGCAAAUAAAUAUCUGUACUGAUAGAUAUAAUAGAUAGGAUAGAUAUAAUCCUAUCAGCAUUGUAUUUUAUGUAUUUUAUUUAUGUACUUUAAUGAAUUGCUUACAGUGCAAAUGAAUAAGUGCACAGAUAAAAAAACGAAAUAUAGGCAUUGUUAGAUGCCACUGUUUCAUGAUAUAAUUGCUAUGCAAAGAUUUGAUUUAAAAAAAUUAAAAAAUUCAUUCACAGCUUUACAUAAAUAACAGAAAAUAAAAUGCAGAAAAUGGUAGAUGUG